AAUCGAGUCUGGAAGACGGCCAAGUUCGGCUCCGAGAGGCUCGCGCCUCGACCGCCAGGAGCGCCAAGAGCCGCAAGUGCGUUUCAGCGCCUCGAGAACAAUGUUUCAAGCUUCUAGACUCAUUAUUACGGAUCUUGUAAUACAGGGGAAAUCAGAUGCAGAGACCCUGUCAACUUUAUUCGAAGCGACAACCGGUGGCGAGUACGCGUGUGCGCGAGGCAGGCCGGUUGGCUGGAAUGAAAUGUCAAGAUCUAUGACAGGAGUCAAGGACAGGACAGAGUCCAGACAGACCCCUGAGCUACAGCUUCCUCCGGGUAAAUCCUUCAUCAUGGUACAGCAAAAUGCGCCUCACUCAGCUCCUCGCCGCUGCGGCUGCCCUCAAGGUGGCAUCCACUGGCUUCGCCACCUACAAGGAGAUCGGCGCGGACAGGGACAACUCGGGCGAGAUUGCGUACAGCCCUCUCACGCGCUCCGACACGCUCUUCCUCUACAUCCAGAUCAUCGCGGGAAGCGACCACACCAAGAUCAUUAACGACUUCAAGACCCUGGCGCGCAACUAUGGUGAGCAGGGCAUCAAGGCCAUCCCCAGGGUGCGGUACGGCUCCUCGUCGGGCGAGAUUGUGUCGGAGCCUGAGGACGCGGACCUCAUCUUGGAGGAUGUCCGGACCUGGGUCAAGGUUUUCCAGGAAGUGGAGGACACGAUUGUGAUCCCCGUGAUUCAGGCCGGCUUCCUGGGCAUGUGGGGCGAGUGGCACAGCGGCUACUUCUGCCCAGGCAAGGGUGAGUGGGAGACGACCGAGAACCAGGACGUCAAGCGCGCCGUCGUCGAGGCCCUGCUCGAGGCCGGUCCCAAGAUCGCCAUGCGUUACCCCCAGGACCACGAGAUCCUCGGCUUCGAGGGCAACCGCCAGGUCACCAUCCACAACGACUGCAUCUUCAACAACGGACCCGGUGGUGACGAUGGCGGCACCUUUCCUGAGGAGGACAUUGAGACCUGGUCGGACUACCUCAAAAAGGUGGCCUCCAACAACACCUAUGGCGGUGAGCCUUGCAACCAGGCGGAAGGCUCGGGGUACGACUGGAGUGACUUUGACAAUGUCUGUGGCGCGAACGGUCUGGAGGCGUAUAUUCAUGAGUUCCAAGUGUCGUACCUGAACCCUGAGAACCCUCCUGAGCUGAAGGAACUCUUUAACGAUCCGUCGCGGUCCGAGUGCGUCGACCGUUUCGAGGAGGCUCUCAACUUGUAUCAUUGAGUCGAAAUUGGGAGGAAACCUUACCGAAAUCUCUGGUAUGUGAGCAUGUACAUCCAUACCUUGUAUAGCGGGACACAGAAGUCUCCAUGAACUACCGCCGCCAAAAUCAAGCUUAAAACUAGCUCAAGAUAUCGCGCCUUGGCUCUUGACCACGUCAACCUCGUCCAUCCCAUGUCAUAUAGCGAAUCCGCCUGGUUUUUCUUAUGACUUUUGUUGAGCUGAACUAGCAGCCCUAGUCUGCGCAUGAUGGGAUCAAGUGAUUUCUCGUCUGGUUCUUCUCGUUGUGAA